UAACAUUUGGAAGCAGAUUUCCUCUUAGCAGAUCUGACUAGACUAGAAGAUUGCAGAGUUUGAUGUUUUGCUUGUUCUCUAAUAUAUAAAAUAUUUUACACAAAGUAGGUUUCUUUAUGAAUACUCAAGGAGAUAUCAAGAUCUGUCUAUACCAGAGCUUUUAAGAAUUGAGGAAGUAUAUGAGAAUCUCCUGGGAAAUUGCUGCAAAACAGAAAACCCUCCAGAUUGUUACGGCCACACGGAAGAAAAAUUCAAUGAGACAACUGAGAAAAGCCUCAAGAUGGUACAACAAGAGUGUGAACGUUUUCAGAAUUUGGGGAAGGAUGACUUGAAAUACCACUACCUUGUCAAAUUCACAAAGAUGGCCCCCCAGCUCUCCACCAACGAAUUGAUCUCUGUCAGCAAGGAAAUUGUGGCAGCUUUGGCCAUGUGCUGUGCACAGAGUAAACAGUUUGCCUGUGUUGACUAUUCGGUGGAUUUAGUUCUUGGAGAAUUAUGUGGAGUGAAUAAAAAUCGAACCAUCAACCCUGCCAUGGACCAGUGUUGCAAAUCAAGCCCUGCUUUCGGAAGGCAUUGCUUUGAGGGUCUGAAAGCUGAUGAAACAUAUGUGCCACCAUCAGCCUCUAAAGGUUUAUUUACCUUUCACACAGACUUGUGUCAGGCUCGAAAUGGAGCAUUCCAGAGAAGGAAAGAAAGGUAUUUUGUUGAACUGGUGAAGCUGAAGCCUCAACGUACAGAGGAGGAGCUGCGGUCACUGCUUACAGAUUUCAUCAAUGUGGUGGAGAAGUGCUGCAAAGCAGAGGGGCCUGAAGCUUGCUUCACUAAAGAGGGUCUAAUAUUGGAAGCCAAAAGCCAGGCUGCCUCAGAAGCAUAAAGUAAAAAGCACCAAAGGCUGCAGAGGAAAGAGACGAAGAUCAACUUAUCUGCUUCCCAUCUGUACUGUGUUGAAGGCCUGAAAUCAUGUUAUUGCAGCACCAAGAAACUCAAAGUUAUAAAGUUUUUUCUCUAAGACUGAUGUUAUAUAUUAAUUUGUUAACAAAAUUAAUUAAGCAGUCAUGAGUCAUUCAUUCAUUCAACAUCUUUUGCUCACUGGUACUUACUCUACUGCACAGAAGUUAGGUGUCCAUAGUAGGAAAUGUGUGGGCAGAGUCUUUGUGGAUCCCACUCAUGCUGCCACUGGGAAGGAAAUGGGGAGGUGAGUGAGCAUGCGCCAUUAUUGAUAAUAAGAGCUGACAUGUAUUUAACAUUCACAAUGUAUAAAGCAUUUCCAUAGGUAUUUUUCAUGCAUCAUUUUAUUUAAUUCUAACGACUCUUUGAAGUAGGCAUCGUUAUUAUUCCCAUUUUACAAACAGGGAGCAUGAAGCUUGGGGAGACAAACUAACAUGUUCAAUGUCAUACAACUAGUGUUUGUCAGAACCUAGGUUUCAAUUUGGUCCUCUAAUUUCCGAACAAUACUUUUAACCACUAACUCAUAGGCGUGGCAUAGGUAUUAUGCCUAACAAAAUUUUAUUAUUCAGAAAGGGGAGGAGCAUUCAAUGAAUCAGGAACAUGGCUUUCCUCUCCUUCCAUUCCAAGCCAAAAUGGCUGGUUAUGUUGGAGCUGUGCUUGCCAGCGAUGCCAGAGAGAGGGACUGAUAGGAACAGUGAGGCCAUGAAAUGAAGGUUGAUUGUGGGUUCAUGGCUGAUUACCCUUACUGUUCUCUCAAAUUUUAAGAUUUUCAGUUUCAAUGUCUAGCACUGAAGUUGAUGACCAUUUACUAAAUAAUACAUAGAAGUUUUUUUUUUUUUUCCAGUAUAGUGUUUACAGCACAGUCUUUGGAAUUCUCAUUUAUUUACUCAACAAAUAUUUAUUAGACUCCUAAUGUGUGCUAGAAAUCAUGGACACAAAGGUGAGCAGGAUGGACACAGCUCCUGCAUCUCACUGAGCACAGGAAAUGGACAGUAAGCAAGCAAUUACAUGCAAUACCAUAGGUGCAGUGAUGACAGUAAAAGACCUCUUCUGUGGGUGCACAUUGCACAGGCACCCAGCCUAAGCUAUGGAUGCAGGAUGGGAAGUGGAUGGUGGAUUUCAAAUUCCUACUGUCGUUAACUUACUAUACAGCCUCUGACAAGUUUCCUACACUCUGCAACCUCCCUUUCUUUUUGUAGAAUGGGAUGAUAAUCUCCAUGUCACAAAGGCUUUAGAGGAAUAUAUUAAAUUACUAAAUAGCACCAAUACAAUAUCCACCAGAUAAUAGGUGUUAAUAAAAAAAAAAUUUUUUUUUUUGCAUGAAGCUAUUUUAUCCUUUUACCAUUUUUUACAAACACUUCACUUGCCAAUGAGUAUAAACAAGGAAUAAAGUUUUACUUAAAUAAUGGGUAAUAGCUUUUAGAAUACAACAUAAGUGUAAUGCUUCACAACCUAUGUUUUUGACAAUGGAUUCUUAGAUAUGAUACAAAAAACACAAGCAACAAAAGAAAAAAAAAUAGAGCUCCAUCAAAAUUAAAAACUUUCGUGCAUCAAAAGAUUUUAUCAACAAAGUGAAGAGAUAACCUAUAGAAUGGGAGGAAACAUUUAAGAACUGUAUGUCUGAUAAGAGUUUAAUAUCCACAAUAUGUAAAUAACCACUAUGACUCAACAACAAAAAGACAAAUAAUCCAAAAACCUGGGCAAGUUGCUUGAGUAGCUGUUUCAACAAAGAAGGUAUACUAAUGACCAAUAAGCACAUGAAAAGAUGCUCAACAUUAUCAGUCAUUCCAAAAAAAUCCCAUUGCCAACUCAUAGUGGCCCCAUAGGACAGAGUACAACUGCCCCUUAGGGUUUCCAAGGAGUGGCUGGUGGAUUUGAACCAUCAGCAGCCAAGCUCCUAACCACUGCCCCACCAGGCUUCCUGUCAGUCAUUAAAAAAAAAAAAAAAAAAAACCCAGUGCCGCCGAGUCCAUUCCGACUCAUAGCGACCCUAUAGGACAGAGUAGAGCUGCCCCAUAGAGUUUCCAAGGAGCGCCUAGUGGAUUCAAACUGUCAACCCUUUGGUUAACAGCUGUAGCACUUAACCACUAUGCAUGCCAUCGAGUAAAUACAAAUUAAAACCACAAUGAGAUGCCUCUUCACACCCACUAGAAUGGCUUUUACUAGAAAAACAGAAACCAACAAGUGUUGGCUGAGAUGUGGAGAAAUUAGAACUUUCAUCCAUUGUUGGUGGGAAUGUAAAAUGGUGCAGCCUCUGCGGAAAGUAGUUUGGUGGUUCCUCAAAAAGUUAAGCAUAGAAUUACCACCUGACCCAGGAAUUUCACUCCUAGGUGUAUAUUCAAAAGAAUUGAAAGCAGGGACUCCGACAGAGACUUGUACAUCAGUGUUCAUUGAAGAAUAAUUUACAAUAGCCAAAAGGUGGAAAAAAAAAAAAAAACCUAAAUGUCUAUCAACAGAAGAAUGAAUAAACAAUAUGUAGUAUAUACAAUAUUAUUCAGUCAUAAAAGAAAUGAUGCUGUAAUACAUGCUAUGAUGUGAAAUAAGUCCAUCACAAAAAGACAAAUAUUGUAUGAUUCCACUAAUAUGAAAUAUCUAGAAUAGGCAAAUGCAUAGAAACCAAAGUUUAUUAGUGGUUACCAAGGGUAACAGGAGAGAGAAAAAAUUGGGAGCCAUUGCUUACGGAAGGAGCCCUGCUGGUGCAAUGGUUAAGUGCUGGGCUGCUAACCAAAAGCUGGUGAUUCAAACCCACAGCUUCUCUGUGGGAGAAAAGACCUGACGAUUUGCCAGAUACACACCACAACCCAGGAAACCCUAUGGAGCAGCUCUACUCUGUCAUACAGGUAUGCUAUGAGCCAGAAUUGACUCGGUGGCGUACAACAACAACAACAUUGCUUGAGGAGUACUGAGCUUCUGUUAAGGGGAUGGAAAAAUUUGGAAGCAGAUAGUGUUGAGGGUGGUGCAACAUGACAAAUGUAAUUAAUGUCACUGAACUGUACCCAUGAAAAUGAUUGAAAUGGCAAAUGUGUGUUACAUACAUUUUACCACAAUAAAAUGAUAAACAACAGAUAAUAGAUUUAGGGAACAGAAUGAAACAGAGCAGAGUUAGCUAAUUUAAUUUCAUACCCGAUAAUGAGUUCUGCUCUGUGUCUGACACUAUGCUAGGAACAGCAGAUACAAGGCUGGAGACCUAAGAACCUGCUGCCAUCAGGGGAGGCAGUCAAGCAACUCUCUCUCCAUCCUCCCAGCAGGAGAACACACCGAUAAAGGCAGGUUAUCAAUGCAGCAAUGGGAGGGAGGGGUGAGAGGAGUGGUUUGAUCAAGACACGUAUUUUGCUUGGAAGUGAGAGGAUUUAGGGUAAGGGCAAGUCGAACUUACUCAGUAUUUUCAGACAGAACUCAGACCAAUGAAUAGAACAUACCUGGACUCGGUGCAGAAAGAAUUUUCUAAUCCUAGAGAUGUUUUUAAAUCUAACAAGCCUCAUGGCCAGUGCCCAGACAGCAUGUAUGUGAGCAGCCACUACCCUAGUGGGGUUCUGGGAUCCUGGCCCUGGUCUCUCCAUGGUGCCUUUGAAUUCUGUUUCAGUGACUUGGCAAGAAUUAGCUUUGCUGGGAACAUAACGUUUAAGAAUCAUCACUAUGUACUGAUGUACUCCCUAUGUUUAAUCUAAAAGCUAGAAUUGUCGGCCCACCUGAAGAGUUUACUUUCUUAUCACCAAACCCUCCCCCUUGCCUUUGCUUAAAUAAUUCCCUCUGCUCAUGUCUCAUACGGUCUGGAAUUCCACCAUUAGUCACUAUAAGGGAUUUAAUAUCUUUUUUAAGCUGGUUAUGUGAAGAACAGGGCAUCAGGAUUGGAGAAAGACUCAUUAACAACCUGCAUUAUACAGAUGACACAACCUUGCUAGUUGAAAGUGAAAAGGACUUGAAGCACUUACAGAUGAAGAUCAAAGACCACAGCCUUCAGUAUGAAUUACAUCUCAACAUAAAGAAAACAAAAAUCCUCACAACUGGACCAAUAAGCCACAUCAGGAUGAACGGAGAAAAGACUGAGUUUGUCAAUAUUCAAUUGUUAAUCGAAUCCUGAGUCAAUUCUAUAAAUUCUGUUUAAAUAGGCAUAAGUCCUGAUCAUCUGUCUCUCCCAGGAACCUGUGACAACCUGCAGUUUGUUCCAUUCAUCCCAAAGGUGGUGGAAUCCAGGGAGCGCUGACUACAACUGGAAGUAAGAAAGGGAGGUCCAAACAGAAACUAAAGCAAUAGAGAAACAAUUUGUCCAAAAUCUUAGCCUCGUUUCUUUCUCAGUUGUAUGAUCUUUGGUUUGAGCCUUAUUUCUGGUGGGGGUUAACGUGACAGCUCAGUGUGCACUCUUGACUUUUGUCUGUGUCUUUAUUCCUUCAAGAGUUUAUAAAUUGGCCAUAACUGAAAGAUGGAGCGAUUUUUCUUUUUACUGUAGAUGGCACUCUUUUAUCCUAGUCACAAGUACUAACCUUCUUUGGUAAGCAACCUACUGGUAUUUCAAGACAUCCUCCCUCAAAUUCUGAAAAUGUUCACAUUCUUCCUUUACCAUCUCAAGGCUUUCCUCAGUUGUCUAAUUGGAUUUUUCUUCCUGAGAAUGAGAACGAUCAUGUUUAUGAUUAUUUUAUCCAAAAUUUAAUAAUAAAUUUCAUCCAAACUUGUCAAACAACUUUAUUUAUUUAUAUGAUAUUUUCAAAUGGUUGUUAUCAUUCAUUUCCCAUUAAAGAUACUUUUUAUA